AUGAGACGGCAGCGGUUGUUCCACGUGUCAGAGGCUCCUGUAGAGUUAUGGCUGAGUGCGGCGGUGUGGUAUUUACAAGGCUCUGGGGGCCGGGAGGGGGGGCUCCUGGGGGCCACCUGGACCUGGGCCAACGCUGCUCCUGCAUGUUCCGCUGCAGUCUGUAAUCAUCACCACAGCAUCAUGCACACAGCACCGAGAGCAGACCACAGGAGGCCGGUGGUCACGCAGCAUCAGCGACAGUCCGACUGGAGCAGAGACAUGGUCCGCCUGAGGAUCCUCGCGUUCUGCCUUGUGGCCGCAGCCUGGUACCUGACCCCCGCGGCCGAGGCUGAGGUGGUGUACGCCUGCCUCAACGACACCGCCACUAUGGCCUGUGAGGUGGGCACAAAGAUCAAGCUGGAGCACAUCUUGUACAAAGUGGGAGUGGGGACUCGCUGCGGUGAUGGAAAACCUGAACCUGACGAUGGUCCAGACACGUUCUGCACCUUCCCCUGGGCUGAGAUGGUGGUGGAAGACCUGUGUGCAGGCAAGCGCUCCUGCAGAGUCCCGGUCACAGAGUACGUGUUUGGGGAGUAUCCGUGCAAAGAGGAGACCCGCUACCUGGAGGUGUCCUACAACUGUGCCAAACCUCCUCCUCCUCCUCCACCUCCUCCUCCCCCUCCAGAGCCCACCAAACCUGACUGCGUGGACAAAGCAGCUGCAGAGGAAUAG